AUGGGCUCUCUCCCCAGCGGGACAGGGGAGGGUUGGUCUGCGCGGUGGCCGUCCCCCACACUACAGGUGGUGGACAUCCAGCGCUAUCCAAAAGUGGUGGUGCAGCCCUCUGUGGUGUCGCGCUUCUACCUCGCAGUGUCGGACUCCGACUCGUUGUUGUGGCUUGUCAUUCCUCCCGGGAGCGAAGUGGAGGAGCUUGUCCAUACGUUUCAAAUCGAGGUGGGAUGCUGCAUUACACUGAUCGAUUACACUGUCAUUACGGCCAAAAAUGGAUUGAAUGUUGUCGUGCCGGUGUCUAUCAGUUACUCUGGGACGCAGCUCUCGCUCAUAGGGAACCCGACGUUUGAUUCUUCUCUUUUCUCCUUGUCGAGAGAGGCGCUUACCAACCGACGGGGUUCUGCAAGACUGGGUACAUUCCGCGCGUCUGGGAAAAGCACGACACUGAGCCUGAGCUACAUUGUGGAGACUGAAGGAGAGAGCUUGGGUGACUUUGCUGUUCACGUGCGCAUGGUGUGGAAAGGGAAACAACGUCAACUACCGAUGGGUGGUGCAGUCGAUCGAUUUGUAUUCGAUGGUGUGGGUGUUGACAGUAAAGGAGACGCGAUUUGGAUGUCUUUUUUUGGCAGCUCUUUGCUGUACGAUGUUUUUUCGGUAGAUGACUGUGUGCGGGCCACAAACGGCACACUUAUGAGCCGCGGUGAUGCCAACGAGUUGUUACGACUGCAGUUUGACGAGCGGUCCUCUGGCGUCUUCUGUGAUGCGGAGGAGAAGGAAAAGGAGGAGGAAGGCGCCAUUCCAAAGUGCCCUCAGCGCAUGUUUGGUGCGCGAGCGGUGAAGGACGUCUUGGAACAGGGCACCAUUGGUGAUAUUACCUCAGUAGAAGGUGUGGUGGCGACAGUGUUUCCGGCCGCGUUUGUGGACACGAGACGCGGGCGAGUGGAACGUGCCGGGGUUUUGCUGCGAGACUCGACCUCGCCGUGGCGUACGCUCGACGUGACGCUCUGGAGCGAGCAGGCGCGCGAUGUACGGCCUGCGGUGGGCGAUCGGUGGUGCUUCUGCGGGUUUGGCGUCUCAGAAUACAUGCGCCGCCUAACACUCUCCAGCAGGUAUGCGAGUGCUGCGUUUCAGAUGCAGUCUGGACCGGCGAAUCAGCAACACCAGCAACAAAAGCAACAACAACCUCAACAGUGGGGCGACUGCCUCACCGAGCAAGCAAGAGCUGACAGCAUUCCUCUCAGAGAUACGCUGCAGGCGACACUCAGUCUCGACGAGGCGUCUGAGACUCUGCCGGUUUUGGCGAAGAUACAGCGCGUGAAGCUCCCACUCACAUACACAGCUUGUCGCGGUUGUGGCAGACCAAGAAGCAGCGGGGUGUUUCACUGUGCGGCGUGCGGAGAAACCGCCACAGAGGAGCGCUUCGUCGUGCGGUUGGAGUUGUCGGACGGCAUUCGCGUCGUCUCCGCUGUCGGCUUCGCGUUGGUUGGGGAGUCAUUGUUUGGCGUCGACAUUCCAACACUGCUGAGGCGGCGGGGGGAGUCGCCUGCGUUUGAGCGGGACAUGACGCGGGAGGUUGUCGGUCUCCCGCUGCUGUUCUGGUUGCUGCGCUCGCCCGACGCUCUCCUGCAUGUUGUCAACUGCAGACACAUCGGCAUGGCGCAGUGCGCGGCUACGGUCUUGGCGGCCGUGGAGCAGAUGAUGGAGCUGCCUUGA